UUUUGAUUCCUAAUUCAAUUUGUUUCCUGUUUUGAUUUGUAUACUUAACGGAUACAAAGAUCCUAUGAUCCCUUUGAGAGGUAUAGAAUCCUAUACUACGGCAUUGACUAUGAUCAGCUGAUAUCUUAACCCGGACGACCGUCAGUAAAGCUUCAUCCGCCAGUUAAAGCUUGGAUAUGUACGUACACACUAUACAUAUUCAAUUCUAGUUCAUAAUGACAACCUACGCAAUCAAGAUAAAGACAGGGGACAGGCUAGGCAGCGGUACAAACGCUAAUAUAGAAAUAGUUCUCUUUGAUGGCUCUGGAAAGCAUACGAAACCUGCCAAAUUAGACAACUGGUUCAGGGACGAUUUUGAGCGCGGCCAUCUGGAUGUAUUCACCAUCAAAGAUGAAACAGAUAUACCAGAGGUGACCGAGAUUAAGUUGCGAAGAGACACGGCAGGACGUUUCAGCGAUUGGUUCGUUGAUCAAAUAGAAGUGCUGAACAAGAACACUAAAAUCACAUCUAUUUUUCCAGUUCUCCGGUGGAUUCGUCCUAAAGUUGACCUGUUCAUUGGAAGACAUGAUACUUUUCUACCGCAAUUUGAUCCUAGACCUCAACAGAGAAAUGCUGAACUUCAAGAGAAGAGAACGCUUUAUGAAUAUGAGGAAAGGAUUCCCGGUCUACCUGUACAGAUAAAAAAUGUUCCUGAGGACGAGGAGUAUUCGAUAUCCAGAAAGUGGGAUAUUGCAACUAAAAUACUAAGACUGCGUGCGGAGAAAGGCUUGGAUAGAAUCUUUGGCUGUGGUCGUUGGGAAACAUUUGACGAUUUAACUAGUGUCUACUCAAGUUAUUUUGAACGCCCAAAGGCAGUGGAUGAUUGGAAAAGGGAUGAAAGUUUUGGCUGGCAACGAUUAAACAGCGUCAAUCCAAACCUGGUUUAUCUAUGCACAGAAAUACCCACCAAAUUUGGAGUGACAGAAGAUGAUAUAGCCUCUUUUCUCGAGGGAUUGACUAUCUCUGAAGCCAUCUCAGAGAAACGUCUUUUUCUUAUUGAUCUCGAAAUACUAGACGGAGUGACGUGCUUCAAGGAAUGUGUCUGCCCAGCUCCCAUCGCUCUAUUCUUUGUUAACGACAAGGGACAACUUGUGCCGGUAGCUAUCCAACUGUUCCAGCAGAAAGGUCCCGACAACCCGGUUUUUCUCCCCAGUGAUCCACCAUAUAUCUGGUUAUUUGCAAAAAUGUGGUACAAUGUCGCUGAUACUAGCUAUCAUCAAUCUAUAUCCCACUUAGGAUGCACCCAUUUAUUAAUGGAAGGGAUUUGUAUAGCAUCAAAUAGAUGUCUUUCGCCAUCACACCCAAUGUUUAAACUGUUGGCGCCUCAUUUUCUCUACCAUAUUGCCGUAAACGAUCAUAGCCUAGGCUCGUUAAUAGACGCAGGGGGCAUUUUUGACACUACCAUGGCUAUUGGGCAUGCUGGUGCGUUAGAGCUUAUAAUAAAGGGAGUUCGUAAAUGGAGGAUGAAUGUUGAUGGAAUUUAUCCAGAACUAUUGAAGAGCAAAGGGGUAUAUUGCAAAGACGGAUCAAUUCUUCCAACUUUUUACCAACGUGACGAUAUGCUUACGCUAUAUGAAGCUAUUCAUGGCUACGUAACCAAAUACGUCAAUCUUUACUAUGACACUAGUGACAAAAUCAUUGGUGAUAACGAAAUCCAAACCUUUGGACAAGAGUUGACCAAAUCCAAGUCGGAUGGAGGCUGUGGUAUUUUAGGCGUACCCUUUAAAAAUGGGAGGUUCACUUCAGCUGAACAGCUUACAAUCGUCUUCACUAGUAUCAUAUUUACGAGUACUGUUGUACAUUCGGCAGUUAACACUGCUCAGUACGAUACUUAUGGAUUUCCACCAAACUAUCCAACAAGACUUGACGGAGCACCGCCAAAAAAUAAAAGCCCACUAACAGAGGAAGAUAUUGUAAAGUGUGUGGUAGAUAGGGAAACAACCAUAGAAGUCAUCUCCCUCGCUGUAAUUCUCAGCGAAAAAAUUAAAAAUGCUCUGGGAGACUUCGAAGUCAACUACACAUAUGACCCAGCUGCAGUGAAGAUUGUAGAGGAGUUUAGGAAGGAAUUGAAAGAUAUCGGUCAAAACAUCAAUCACAGAAAUGAGAAACUGGAACGAAAAUUUGAAUACCUCCACCCAGAAGAAAUUCCAAACUCCGUAAGCUUAUGAGUUUAAAGCUUUUGUAAUCCUUAUACAUGCACCGGAAGAAAAGAUCAGAUUGGUCAAUUUCAGCUGGAUGUUGCUAUUUUUCUACCUGAAUUGACUUUUAUAAUUUAUCAGGAACAAUAUCGAUUAAAGGUGUUUCUUAUGUUUCGGGUUUUUAAAAAAAAUCUUAAAGCAUUGUUAAAUAAAACACACCGUACAAUAAAAAGGUAUGUCAAUGUUCAUAUCAAUAUCAACCUAUGUUUUAAAUAUUUCAUUAUGCACAAUAUUUACCUUCACUUACAUAUUUUUUAUUUUUAAAGAUAAUUAUACAACCGUUUUGGAAGACUAAUAUCAAAAUUAAAAUGUUAAAUUAACUACAAAUGUAGUUCAUAAUCUGAUAAUAACUCAAAUUUAUUCAUUGUAUUGAUUUUUUUUCAAACUACAACAAUCUGUUCUUAUUGGUUACAUUUAUAACUAUGAGAUACAUGUAUCAAUAUGCUACACAUGAUAUACAUGUUAA